AUGGAUUGGCAAGUUCUAUGUCAGGUAGAGACCAGGAGACUCCUAUGGCUUAUGGGCAUGAUGUUUGCAGUGAUUACAACAUUCCAGUUUUUCGAACUUCCGUAUGGUAAUGCUCUAUGGUCUUUAUUUUCUGCUGAUCAGCAUUCGGCAGUGGGAAAUAGUAGCUUUCAGAUUGGAAAUUCACCCUCUGAACCUGAGAUGAUUGGUAACAUGAUGCUUUUGAAUGUUUCAAACUCCACGAAUACAUCUGUUGUUAAUGAGACAGCUAAUAAUACCAGCAUGUCCAAAGUAAUGGAUGGAAAUGAUCUUAAGAAUGGUCUUGUCUCAGAUAGAAAUGGAGAUCCAAACAAGUCUUUGGGAUUAGAUGAGAAUGACAAUGUUUUUAAGGGGUCUUCAUCCGAGAAUCUGGAAGUGCUAAACAGAAAUUCUACAAUUUUGAAUACAAAAGACUCGGGUAAUAGAUCUGCACCGGAGGAGGCCGUUAAAGAACCUCAGCAAGGCUUCCAUCAGAAGAAAAAUAAUAUAGAUGAUAAUCUUUCGGUAGGUAAGGUUGGAAAUGGAACUGUUACUCCCAUAUCAAAACAUAUUGGAAACUCAGGUGCUCGUCCUGCAAGUCCUUUGCCUGCAACAUCACCUAUGAAUGCAUCACCCAAGGCAGCUUCCCUCAUCAUCAUGGAUACAGAUAUUAGAACACCCGUUGUUGAUUCAAAUACAUCCUUAGAGGUGAAAAUUGGAAAUACCACUCCUAUGAGUGAUACAAAACGUGGGCAAUUGCAAAGUGGCCUCACCCCGUCAGCCAAUUCUUCUUCUGGGAAUGGAGUCCCCAAGGUGACUAAGGGGCGUGGGAAGCCACCCUCUGUGGUAGUUUCAAUAUCUGAGAUGAACGAGUUGUUGCUUCGGAGUCAUUCUUUAAACCAGUCAAUGGUACCAGAAUGGUCUUCUGCUGUUGACCAAGAGUUACUUUAUGCAAAAUCACUGAUCGAAAAUGCACCCAUCGUAAAAAAUGAUCUAAAGCUUCAUGCUCCUCUCUACAGGAAUGUUUCCAUGUUUAAAAGGAGUUAUGAGUUAAUGGAAGACAUUCUCAAAGUUUAUAUUUACAGCGAGGGGGAAAAACCCAUCUUCCACCAGCCACUACUCACGGGAAUAUAUGCAUCUGAGGGAUGGUUCAUGAAGCUGCUGGAAGCUAACAAAAAAUUUGUGACAAAAGACCCUACAAAGGCCCAUUUGUUUUACUUACCCUUCAGCUCUCGAAUGUUGGAGCUAACAUUAUAUGUACCUAAUUCACACAGCCGUAAGAACCUUAUACAAUACUUGAAGAAUUACUUGGACAUGAUUGCAGCGAAGCAUCCUUUCUGGAACAGAACUGGAGGAGCAGAUCAUUUUCUUGUUGCUUGUCAUGACUGGGCCUUAGAAGAAACAAGGAAGCAUAUGAAUAAGUGCAUAAGAGCCCUCUGCAAUGCUGAUAUGAAAGGUUUUGUUCUCGGAAAGGAUGUAUCUCUUCCGGAAACAUUAGUACGCUCACCUCAGAACCUACUACGGGAACUUGGAGGAAAACCUCCCUCCGAGAGGUCAAUCCUAGCUUUCUUUGCAGGAAGCAUGCAUGGUUAUCUACGGCCAAUUCUGUUACAAAAUUGGGGAGAGAAAGAUCCCGACAUGAAAAUCUUUGGUCGAAUGCCUUACGUCAAGGGCAAUAAGAACUAUAUUCAGCACAUGAAGAGCAGCAAGUAUUGUAUAUGUGCAAAAGGCUACGAAGUCAACAGUCCACGAGUGGUGGAGGCCAUAUUUUAUGAGUGUGUCCCAGUGAUCAUAUCUGACAAUUUUGUUCCUCCCUUUUUUGAAGUUUUGAAUUGGGAAUCCUUUGCUGUAUUUGUCUUGGAGAAGGAUAUUCCAAACUUGAAAGGUAUACUCCUUUCAAUACCAAAGGAAAGGUAUCUUGAGCUACAUAUGGGGGUCAAAAAGGUACAAAUGCAUUUUCUUUGGCAUGCCAAGCCUGUGAAGUAUGACAUCUUUUAUAUGAUUCUGCACUCCACUUGGUACAAUAGACUUAAUCAAAUAAGCCACAUAUAG